AUGGAACUUGUUCGACGCCUGCGAAUGAUUACAUCUCGGCAUGUUUCCUCUCGAAACCAUGACUCUGUAAAUUCGGGUAACACUUUCAAAAUUUUCUUCCUAAUUGAAAAAGCCCGCUGUCUACAUAUAAAGAGCUGGUACAAGCAAAGUGCACUGACCUCCUCUGUUGUAACGGUGACGGUUGUGUGCUGUCAACGUCGAAUUACGCCACUUGGAAUCCCCAAGGAAGAACGCAAUAAGAAGGGCGUAACCCCUGGAAUCCACUUGGAGGAGGGUUUAUUGCGUACAACACCCGGACUUGCUUUCUCGGGUAGCAGUUGCCAUUGGUUGAUCUCCAGCGCGCUGCUGUCCCGUCUCGGGGCUAACCCCGACAAUCGGGAGCGGACUAACGGUGUCCUUGUCCUUUUUGUCCGUGUGCAACUCACUGUCUUAGAGAUGACAGUUAUUAUAGCGCGUGACGAAUGGAAACAACGAUACUAUCAGGCCAAGAAGAUUACGCCAGUGAUCGACUGGGAACUUCAGAAGAAGCAAGGCCAACUGGACCUUGUGUUGCGGCGCACUGCGGGUCUCAUUCAACAGCCCGAAGCACACACCCUCAGACAGGUGGGGCAUCCAUUCGCAUUUGCGAACAGAUUUUUGAAAUCAUUUAAAAAAAAAACAGCGUCAGAAAAUAUCAUUAAAAUAACUAAAUGUCGUGAUUGGGCAGUAACCCUUCGGGAUCCACGAUUGCUCAUCACUGUUUGGCCAGCGCUAAGAAAAAAUCGAUAA